UUGUCUGAACAGUCUACCAAAGUGCAUCACGCACACGACACACCAAAUACUGGUGGUAGGUGGGCAUUUGAUAUCAUCUCUGCCAGUCAGGAUUGGGGAAAUUAAAGCUGCGGGUAGUCACCUCGUCGGCUACCAAAAUGGCAGCGCUCAACAGCAGUAGCAUCUUCAUCGCGAAAUCAGAUUUUCCGGCGGUCUUCCCAUCGUCAUCAUGGGGAAUGAGUAGAGGCAGCAUUGACUUCGAGUCGAGAGGAUUGCGUGCAGGGAAUAUGAAGAUGGACGCUGGGCGAUCAAAGUUAAGGCUCGUAUGUGCGGUUGGUGGCAGCAAUACGACUGGUAACAGCAAUAGUAGCAGCAGCAGCAGUGAUGGCAGUAAGAAGAAAGCCGUUCCAAAUUCAAAUUAUGUGGUGCCCUUGGAUAAAUCCUUCUCUUCCCCAUACUCAUCCUUCAUCACUCGCCCCCUCGUCGAGAUCCUUCGUGAUCUCAACAAGAGGAUUCCCGACGAUAUCAUCAAACCAUCUUCCCCCGCCACCACCUUCAUCCCCUGGUACCAUGCUAACCGUAUGCUUAGCUUCUAUGCCCCUGGAUGGUGUGGAGAGAUACGCGAUCUUAUAUUCUCUGAGAAUGGAAGCGUGACUGUGGUAUACCGUGUCACAAUACGAGGAUCAGAUGGAGAGGCAUACCGCGAGUCAACUGGGACAGUUUCAUCUAGUGAUGCCCUCAUUGAAGAUCCUGUUUCUGCAGCAGAGGAAAUAGCUUUUUGCAGAGCAUGUGCCCGGUUUGGCCUUGGCUUGUAUCUGUAUCAUGAAGAAUGAAUUCUAUAGACUGCAAGGAGGGACCUUCAACAUGUCUAGUUUAUUACUCUUUUUAGAUAUCAGAAUAUUGUAUUUACUGCCUGUGCUUUUCGCAUAGUGUAAAUAUCCAGCAUUCUCUGGUGAUCCAGUUUGGUUUGUUGGACUUGCAAAGAAAGAGUUUCUUAGUUACUCAUGAGAUAGGAAACAAUAUUUUCAAUAAAAUAAUAAAAUAUUGGGCUUAGAAUAAUUUUCCAA